AUGCAGACAAGUCCGGCCGUCUGGGAAGCCUCGGCCGGAGAAAUGGUCCCCGGUCUCCAGGACGACGGAGGCCAUGUCGACGGCUCCAAGGAUAAAACAGACCAAUCCAUUCGACAACAAGACGGACGGGUAGUAGCAGACGGCCUUCUCCGAGUCCUAGUGACGCAGCAGAAGAGCGUACAGCUCGGACUGGUUAGGUGUUCUCUACCUCCUCCUCUCCCUUCAUCACCAACUGGUACGUGGCCACCUGAGGCGCGUAGGCAGGAUGCAAAUACUCCAGCAAUUGCUGCAGCUUCUGCAUCCAUUCAUCUAUCAACCAGUCGGGUAAGGACCGGCAGACGGACGGUCUCCUCUCUGCCUGGGAGUUCUGCUCGUCCACCUGCUCACGACUCUCCAUGCAGACAAGUCCGCCCCUCUGGGAAGCCUCUGCCGGAAAAAUGGUCACCGGGCUCCAGGACGACGGAGGCCACGUCGGCGGCUCCAAGAAUAAAACAGACCAACCCAGUCGACAACCAGACAGACGGGUCGCAGCAGACGGCCUUCUCCGAGUUCUGGUGA